AAGAAGAAACUGAAGCUGUCAUUACAAGUGUCAGAUGAAACAUAAACAGAAACAUGUCUUUAUUGUUACAGCUAUUACAGUGUAGUUGUCAUGUAAAUACAGACAUGUAUACAACAGGACAGGUUUAUUUAGAGACAUCAGUAUAGCCAGCGCGUUAUUUUCCACAUGAUCAUAUCCACAUUUCUGCACUUUUUUCUCUAUUGUUAUCUAAACACAAAGAGAUCAGAUGGAGAAGAUCGAGGCUCAGAUGGAGAAGAUCGAGGCUCAGAUGGAGAAGAUCGAGGCUCCUGUGUUCACCUUCGGCGUGAUUGCUGAUAUUCAGUACGCAGAUUUAAAGGACGGUUAUAAUUAUCACAGAACCAGGAAGCGUUAUUACAGAAACAGCCUGCAACUGUUGAGAAAUGCCAUCAGGAGCUGGAAUGAAGAGGAUGUGAAGCCCAGCUUCAUCCUGCAGCUCGGAGACAUCAUUGACGGCUUCAACAGCAAGUAUGGGGCAUCAGAUAAAGCCCUGAAAACAGUGAUGGAUGAAUUCAGGAGCUGCUCUGCUCAGGUCCAUCAUGUGUGGGGCAACCAUGAGUUCUACAACUUCUCCAGGAGUGACCUGUUCUCCUCUGAUCUUAACAGCGGGGUCAAGGUGGAUGAGGAGAAAGAUGAUAUGAUGGAUUUGGUCUACGCUUACCACUUCAGCCCAGCUCCCAACUUCAGAUUUGUGGUCCUGGACGCUUACGAUCUGAGUAUCAUUGGCCGGGAGGAAUCGUGUGAGAAGUACAGUCAGUCGUUGGACAUCAUAAAAUCACACAAUCCUAAUGAGGAACUAAAUCAGCCUCCAGGCAUAUAUCCUUUGGAUGAAAGGUUUGUGAAGUUCAACGGAGGAUUCAGUCAAGGUCAGGUCGACUGGCUGGAUAGAGUGUUGACCAGUGCUGAUGAGAAAGGAGAAAAGGUCACGGUUGUGAGUCAUGUUCCUGUUCAUCCCUUGUCCACUUCCUCCGUAUGUCUGGCAUGGAACUUUGAUGACGUCUUUUCUCUUCUGCAGUCUCACAAGAGCGUGGUGUGUUUCAUGGCUGGACACGACCACGAUGGAGGUUAUUGCAUAGAUACAGCCGGUAUUCAUCACCUCACGCUGGAAGGCGUUAUUGAGACGCCACCAGGCGGUGAUGCAUUUGGCACUGUGUGUGUAUAUGAGGACAAGAUGAUCCUCAGAGGUAAAGGGAGAAUUAAGAACAGGAAGCUUUGGUAUCGAUGAUGAAGAGUGAAUAGAUUUAAAAUAUCAGAAAUAUGUUUCUGAAUCCAAUAUUUAGGUUAGGGUUUAAAAAAUGUCUGGUGUUAAGAGUAACGCUCUUACACUCUCUUACACCCACGCACACACACAUACAAGGUUGUUUGGUUUCACAAAAUGACCACAGCUCUCUGCUGUGAUAAUGAAAAGCAUACAAACCUAUUUCUUCUUCUGAGGUUCUGGAAAUGUGCCUGAGAUGAUCCUCUUCUGAGAGUGUUUUUUUCCCCUGUAUUUCUGAAGUAUAACAAAUCCAAGCUGCUCAGUUACAGUAGGUAGCUUAGGUUCAUUCUAAUCUUUAAAAAGGAAAAUAGUCCCGUUCUGUAUCUCUACCUGAGUUACAGGUUGACUCAGUGUGGAAAAAUAUAAUGCUUCCAAGCCCCAUGAUAUAUGCUGCCGAAUGUGUCAGAAACCAAAGCCAGAUUUUGAGUUAUACAUCACAUGUCCUAUAGAGAUGACAGCAUUAAUUGGGUGGACAAUUCUGUCAGGAGUUUACAGGUCCAUAUGCCCAGGUAUAUAUGUGUCAUUUGAUGUGAAAUUAAUUAAAACAGAGACUUAUAAGAUAUUUAUUAGAACAGCUGGUCAGGCCUUUGUGAAGCCUUAAAUAGAGAAGAGAAAGCAUCUAGUUAGCAUCCACUUACUUGAGUGUUACAUCCAUCUAUCUGGUCUGGGCUAAAAACCAGCUCUUGAUGUAAUGACCAGUGUCUUUCAGGUCUAAGGGAUUGUGUGUGUGUGUGUGUGUGUGUGUGUGUGUGUGUGUGUGUGUGUGUGUGUGUGUGUGUGUGCACUCCAGUCAGUCAGGAGCUUCAUAUACAUUGGGGAUGUAAACCUGGUUACUUUGCCUGUUGUACAUGUAUUUUGGUUGCUUUACAGUCUAUUUAGAUUUAUUAUUUUCACAACUUCCUUUUCCAAAAUAACAAAAACAGCCUAAUCUCUAAAGGUUUUUUUAGUAAAGAAAAGAAAUCUAUAGAUAUUCACAUACAGCCCAGUGACUGGCAUACUGCUGUUAGUUUGAAUAUUAAAUUAUAAUUUACAUAACAUUUUGCCUUUUUGAUCAUUAAAUAGAAGAUAGUGUGAAAUAAUACAUUAUUUCGGAGUACACUCUGCUGAAACGUCUGCUAUAGUGGAAUAGAGUGAUAUAUAAUCUUUGGAAGAAAAAAUAUAUUUCUGCAGGUAUAUUUCUGCAGUUUUGUUUUUUCCAUGCAACACUGGGGUCACUGGGAUCCUUUUUUAAUUUUAAUGGGGAAAAAAAACAAAUUUUUGUGCAAAAUUUAAUUUUGCUAUUUAUAUUUUUUGUAAGUGUGAAUAAUGAAUGAUGUGAAUAAAAGAAUCAAAUGUAAUAUUUUAAUAAUUUAAAAA